AUGGUGGAAGGCCUCACUCCACCAGCGAUCGCCUCCGUUUCGGCCGUUGGCACUUCUCCCGUCGAAGUCAGCAGCGUCGUUACCGCAGGGCUCGAAAUGGGUCUCGGUGUAAGCCUUGCCUCUUCCGCGCUCAUGACGCACAUCCCCGGCGCUCGAGCAGCGGCGCUCUCGGGUCUCGCCGAACCCCGCUAUUCGCGUCCACAUCCGAGCCAUUUCGAGCCGCUUCCUACAGCCGCGGAAGACGCCUUUGAUCCACACGACUCUUUGGCCAGGCUGGCUUUUGACAGCGCAAAAGCGGCAUCAGCCGCCGAGAGCCUUCCUUACCGCAAGAAGGACCAGCAUGAUCCCGAACAGUUAGCCGACAGCCCCGAGGGUGACCUUCACCGCAGGCGUACCACUGGCGCACGCCAGUCCAAACAUCGCAUCGGGCCCAUGAGACUCGGCCGUCAUCACCGUUCUGAUACGCACGAUGCUGUCCUGUCUCCGACACCGCCGUCCACCUCAACUGCAGAGAUUGAGAAACAGCAAUACUACCAGAACAAUUACAUCGCGCUCCGCAACGAGACCAAGAUUCUCACCCACGGUCUACCCAACAGUUUCAACAUUGACGCACCGCUCUCGGCUGCUACCAGCUUGGAUCGGGAACCUUCGCUGGGCGGCCGAAGUAGCACCAACGCACAGGCCUCUGUUGGCGGUAGUACACAGCUGCAAACGCCUUCGCUCGGCGAUAGGGCCAUGCUCUCUCCCGACGCACACUAUGCCCCUGCCGGCAACCCCUUUGCUGCUGCCACAACUUCGUCCAGUCCUUUUCAAGACCCCGCUCAUCAUGUCGAAGCAGCCGGCUGGAAAUCCAUUCGACAAGGUCGCGCUGCCAAUGCUCCCGGACCAACACAAGCAGCUUUGCUCGGCUUAGGGGGCGGCAGUCACUUUGGUCCUGGCGUUCGCGCUAAGGUCUCCGAGGUGCUCCCCCACCUGGUAUCAAGCAUUCCUCUCUCAGGCGAGGAGGGCGAGACCAUCACCAUCGCCGAGUACGGCAGCCUCAACACCAGAUCCGUCAACCUGAUGCAGGCCAUCAUCUCUUCGUUUGUCGAAAAGGUACACGCCAACACACCAAGGAGGGAAUCCGGCAAGAGCCACGAUGCAAGCGAUUACUUCCCCGGUCUCGACGCGGCGGACGUGGCCUCGCUGCGAUCCAUCUUGGGCGUAAAUGCAUGCGCCGACUUUCCAUGCAAGGUCAACUUCUCCAUCAUCCACGAAGAUUCGCCUCAAGCCGAUUUCCGUCCUCUUUCUCAGAUGCUCGACUCGAAUCCUGACUCGUACCUGCAUCCGCAAUGGCAGGCAUCCCACGAGCCGCCUCUGCACAACGCCAUCUUCCCGAGCUUUGUGCCUCGACCGUUUGCGUCGCGCAUCGCUCCGCCGUCCACCUUGCAUCUGGGGAUCAGCUUGAUGGACCUGCACUGGUCGCACACUCCAAGGAGUCCCACCGUAUCCCUCUCGACGUCGGCGCAUGCCGAACUUGCCGCUUUCCUUACCGCCAGAGCCCACGAAUUCCGCAAAGGCGGUGUCAUGGUGAUGGCCUACAUUGCUCGAUCCGAGGACAGCAGUGUCGUCCUUCCCGAACGACCCAAGUCGACAAUGUAUAGCAUUGGUGCAGACCAAGCGGAUUGCUCCGCUGUCUCGUCGCUUGGCUCGGAGAAUGGCAUGCAUCUGCGUGGCGAUGGCGACGGUGACGUUGUCGAUGACCACGCAGUCUCGCCGCGCAUUCCGCUGCUGCGCAAGGAGCGCAGACGUUCCAACUCGUCACCCAGCCGUCCGGCGUUUGGCGGCAUGCCAAACGGGGCAGACGCGGUUGGGCGGCCUUCGGACAUUUGGUCCACGCUCACCAAUACGCUCGCACCCUGUCUUCAGCGUCUCGUCUCGUGCGGCAUGCUCAAGAGCGACGUUGCGCGCCACCUGCUCAGCCUUCCCAUGCACGCUCGCACUCCGCGCCAAACGCGCAACGUGCUCAAGUCGGUCAAGCAUCUCUGGAAGGUCGAAUGGAGCUGUGGCCUAGGCGACGAGCCUAUCUCUACCGAUGCUCCGCCUUCUCUGGAUUGCGAAUCGGAGCCGCUGCGACUGCCACAUCCCGCAUGGAAGGCGCUACAGGCGGGCACCCUCUCUCGCGUCGCUUUUGCCGAACACAUGAUUCAGCUCUUCAAGAACCUGUAUGAAUCGCAUUUCCGCGCCAUCUUGCGAGAGAAGGGCAAGCUCAGCAAAGGCGCCGUUGAAUUUGUGCUCGACUCUCUUUGGGACGUGCUUCAGUCGAGAAUCGACGAUCAAGAGCCUUGUCCAAUCGCCGAAUGCGAGCUUGAAGUGCAGAUUGUCGCUCUGCGUCGUAUCUAG